AUGAACGGGCGCGACCUCCCACUGGUGAAGCGCCUCGAGACGUUGGCAGCACAGGUGGAUGGCACCGACACGACGGCCGCCAUCGUCAAAAAGCUGAAGCAGGUGGUGGAGCAAAUCGCCUCUUCGACCGCCACCACCGACACGAAGGAGGAUGUCGAGGACAAGGACCCAGCCAAGCUCAAGCUGUGGCCCGCGCCGUGGGGCAAUACCGCCAUCGUGGCGGCCAAGCAGGUACAGUCCUACUACGCCGCGUACGAGGCGCCAGUCGUGGUUGUGGCUCAAUCUACAGCUGAAUAUGAAGAUGCCGAACGGGCUCGUCGCGCGAUCGGCCACCGACAGAAUGUUCUUACCGUCGCCAUCGAUGCCAAGGGGGACCAAGAUGUUCUCAUGGAAGGUGACAAGGACCAAGUCAAGGUCAAGGCCAAACUCAUCAGCGUGAGCAAGACGGCUCCAAAGAAGGCUACGCUCCCAAAAGGCAUGACCAACGACGCGCCGAUCGAGCCGUGGAUGACCCACAACGAAGUGGCGGGAGUGAUAUCCACGACUGAGAAGCAUGCCGAGAAGAUGCUGAAGUACAAGCCGAGUCGAGUCAGGGGUGCUGGUUGCUGCAAGAUACACAAGCUGGCGGUGUCUCUACUGCUAGAUGGCUUGCUCAAAGUAGAGAUAAAGCGGAGCAUGUGUAUCACCGGCGUGUGCUUGCUCUGCGAGGCGAUGGUCGCUUGGUCUGCCGCCCGCAAGGCAAUCCAAGCCUUGGAGUUGUUGGACGUACGCAGCUGCCUUUUGCGUUGUCGGGCGCGGUGCGGCGCUAUCUCAAGCACAGUCCACCGCAGUGGGUAG